AUCUGAUAGGAUUGAAAGAAUCCAAACAACUUUUUGAUUUGCUAAAAGAUUUAAAUAAACAACUGAUUGUUGUGGAUGCUGAUGAUUUGAUUAACGAUCCAGAAAGAGUUUUGAAGAAAUACUGCGAGUUAAUUGGAGAGGAAUUUAAAGAAGAAAUGACUCAUUGGGAAGCAAAACCUAUUAAAGAUUGGGCCGUAGAUGGAAAAGCUGCAAAGGUUUUAAAAUUUAUGACCCAGUAA